GUUUUCUCCUCCCUCUCUCCUCCGUAUAUAAGUGUGGAUGGCUGUCUCGUGUCUCAGACUCCUCGUAGUGAACCCACGCGAGCGUGUCGGAGGACGUGCGGCGCAGAGGGCCACCAUGACCCCGGCGGUGACCCCCGAGAAGAGACCUCCGCCCCCCCACCGGACUGCCAGCUAUCGGCCGUGUGCCCGUCUACAGGAUGAUUGACAGCUGCUCCUUCUGAACCCCCAGGAUGCCUGUGGUGCCAGUGGGCGGGGCAUCCUCCUCCCACCACGUCGUCCCUGUCACCCUCACCUGCUCCUGGCUGCUCCUGCUCUUCCACGCCGCCUUCGGUCAGAAACCCGCCAAGCUGCCUCUGAUUGGCCGGAAGCCCUUCAUCGCCGCCUGGAACGCCCCUCUGGACAUGUGCACCAUCAAGUACAACAUCACCACCAAUGCCAACCGCCUCUUCCACAUCUACGGCAGCCCGCGCGCCGACUGGACGGGCCAGAACGUCACCAUCUUCUACGCCAACCGGCUGGGCUACUACCCCCACUACACGCCGCAGGGCGCGGCCGUGCACGGCGGCGUGCCACAGAACAGCAGCCUGGACCUGCACCUGUUCAAGGCCUACCAGGACAUCAACCACUUCAUCCCCUCAGAGGACUUCCGCGGCCUGGCUGUGAUCGACUGGGAGUUCUGGCGGCCUCAGUGGAGCCGCAACUGGCACAAGAAGGACAUCUACCGACGCAAGUCCAGGGAGAUGACCGCCAAGGCAUACGUCAACGUGACGGCGGCGCAGGUGGAAGAGCUGGCACGCCGGCGGUUUGAGAAGAGCGCCAAGGCGUUCAUGCAGAGGACUAUCCAGCUGGGGACCCGCCUUCGCCCCAACGGACUCUGGGGUUUCUACCUCUACCCCGACUGCCACAACUACAACCUGCACGAGCAGAACUACACGGGCUUCUGCCCUCUGCUGGAGAGGCUGAGGAACGACGAGCUGCUGUGGCUGUGGAACAGCAGCACGGCGCUCUUCCCCUCGGUGGCGAUCCGGAAGAGCCACGCCAACAGCAUCGGCAACCUGCACUUCUCCCAGCACCGGAUCCGGGAGUCGCUCCGCAUCGCCUCGCUGACCUCCAGGGAGUACGACCUCCCCACCUACGUGUACCUGAGGCUGGGCUACCGAGACGAGGCCCUGGCCUUCCUCACCAUGAAGGACUUGAUCCACACCAUCGGGGAGAGCGCUGCUCUGGGAGCAGCGGGGUUCGUCAUCUGGGGGGAUCUGAACCUGACCUCGUCCAGGCACAACUGCACCAAGGUGAAGACCUUCCUGAGCCACCGCCUGGGCCAGUACAUCACCAACGUGACGCGGGCCGCCGAGGUCUGCAGCGACUUCCUGUGCCGGGGAAACGGCCGCUGCGUCCGCCGGGACCCCCUCGCCCGCCACUACCUCCACCUGAGCGCCGACGGCUACCGCAUCCGGCCCUCCGGCGGCGCCGACGAGGGCUUCGCCGUCAGCGGGUGGCACACGCAGGCCGAGCUGCGGCUGCUGGCCGAGCGGUUCCGCUGCCACUGCUACGAGGGCCACGAGGGCGAGCGCUGCGACAGCGCCAACGCGGUGAGGGAGGAGGACGGCGGGCGGCGGGGGGCCGGGGAGGAGGACGAGGAGGAGGAGCGGCGGAGGACGGCGUGGGAGGACGAGCAGGGGGAACGAUGGGAGGAGGCGGAGAGCGAGGCGCCGCCCGCCGCCGGCUUCCUCCUGAUGCUGCCGGCGCUCCUGAUGAACCUGGCGGUGCUGACGGCGGUCGCUUGAGGCAAACACGACUUUUUAAAAAAAGACUUGAAAGACUCGCCGAGCGUUGAGCGCCGUCAGUAAACAUGAACACUUUGUUUCCAGGGCGCACAGCGAGAUCUGUUUCGGGGGACUCUGAUGGUUCUGGUCUCGUGGUCACGACGAGACCAGAACGAGGCGAGCGCAGAGAGAAGGCUAACUCGGGUUUAGUCUGAGUUUAAGCUCAGGAGACGAUUACAUAAUAAUAAGGUCAUGGUGGCGCUCCAGGAAGAGAGAAGGGUUCAUCCUCUGGGGAAACAACACAUCAUGGGGGGGGGACAGCUGCUGUGUUGAAAAGUAAACAACUAAACAUGACACUUUAUUUUGAGGAUUGUGUUAGCACUUUAUAGACACACACACACACACACACACACACACACACACACACACACACUCACACAUGAAAAAGGGACGAUGUUUGAAGACAUAUUUCUGAUGCCAUGUUUCAACAAUAAGCUGUUGUUCCACGUUGUACACACAGUGCGUAUUGUUUUUGUAUUGUUUUUACAUUUUAAGGCGUGUGCACGUUGCUGUUGACACAACAUUACACAUCUAUAUCCGUCUAGACAUUACGUACAGAGUCAGGUUUGUUCGUCCGCAGCAGAAAUUAAACAACACGCAUUUUCUAUUUCAUUCACGGACUUGUGGACCGAUUGUCUGCUCGUGGUUUAAGAUUUAUUUUCUCAAACAACAUAACUGCAUUCGUUAUGUUUUGAGGAAGAAAAACUCAUUUUCACGGCUGCAGUUUGUGAAUUUAAACAAAACCAAAAUGAUAGUUAGGUUUAAUAAAACUUGGUUUUCUUCUAUGGAUUUCUACUAACAGGUUUCCCUUAACCUUUCUCUGACCUUUCUCUUGACCUUUCUUUGACCUUUCUUGACCUUUCUCUUGACCUUUCUUUGACCUUUCUCUUGACCUCUCUUGACCUUUCUCUUGACCUUUCUCUUGACCUUUCUCUGACCUUUCUCUUGACCUUUCUUUGACCUUUCUUGACCUUUUUCUUUACUUUUAGCCACCUAAACUUUAACCAAACAUUUAACCGUAGAAGUGGAUCAUUCUUAAUCCUUUUUUGGAAAACGACGAAUGUGAAGAUUUUUUUUCCGCGUUCAGUCGGGGUUUUUAAAAACGAUAAUUGUCAAUCCGACCAAUGGUCUUUGAGGUCCCUUUUCUCUGAAAAAAAACUCACGAAUGUCGACCUCACGGUGGCGCUACAGGGAAGGACGGAGGAACGUGGUCCAUCCUCUGGGAACCACGAACGUCCGUACAAAAUCCAUUGUAUUUAAUAUACGAAUAUUUGGUCAUCUGGGUUGUAUUCUGUGCAUAUAUCAUAUAUAUAUAUAUAUAUAUAUAUAUAUAUAUAUAUAUACACACAUACACAAAAGGCCUCUAGUGAAACUGACUUGAACUGGAUAACGGUUUCGGGUACUAAUCCUCCACCUGGUUCCUCAAGGAUGUCUGAUAAAAGUUGAGUUUCCAUAACUUCCUGUUCUUUGAAGUUAAACAUGUAGCAUCUGCCGCACACGCUGAUCCUGAAUCAGCCGGUUCAUAUCAAGACUAUAGCCUCCAGGUGAAGUUUCGGGUCUCCUGCACUUAAUACAUGUAUUAAUUGUUCUACUUCUGAAGAUUGUAAACCAGAUAUGCGACGAGGACUAUGACAAUGUCACCUGAAUGUAAACGCACUGCGAAUAAAAGACUCUGUGUUUCUA